GGCUGGAAACAGCGCCCCAGCACCACCGUUCCCCCGGCGCUGCCCCCCGGCGCUGUGCGGGACAGCGGGGCCCGGAGCCCCCCCCCCCACCUUGGAACCGUCCCACCGGACACUUCACCGCUCACAGCCCCGCCACGAAGGGCAAAUGCUGGGGGGCCGGGCCCCGCCGCGCCGCGCCGGAGGAACGGGAAGUGCCCGGGCAGGACGCGGGGCCCCGCGGCGGAGGAUGCCGGGGCUGCCCCAUGGAAGGUGAAGGAGCAGCGGCUCGUCCCGAGGAGACCCCCCCGAGCGCUGGGGCUGCGCAGGAGCUCCCGAAAGAGGGUGAGAAUGGAGCCGAGGGAGCAGCAGGCGCAGAGGAGCUGGGUGCGAGCGGGGACACGGGGGACAGCGGUGCCCCCGCCGUGUGUCUGCAGCCGGACCUGGACACGGCGCGCUGGGGCCAUGGGGAUGGUGGAGCAGACGCGCUCACGAAGCCCGCCGUGGACGAACAGAAGAGCACUGAGCUCUCGGCUCUUGACAGUUUCCCCUUGAAGCACUCGAACACGCUGACGAACAGGCAGCGAGGGAAUGAGGUCUCAGCCCUCCCGGCCACGCUGGACACGCUGUCCAUUCACCAGCUCGCUGCCCAGGGGGAGCUCAGCCAGCUCAAGGAGCACCUUCGGAAAGGCGAGAACUUGGUCAAUAAGCCUGAUGAGAGAGGUUUCACACCGCUGAUCUGGGCUGCAGCCUUUGGAGAGAUCGAAACGGUCCGGCACUUGCUGGAAUGGGGUGCUGACCCCCACGCACUGGCGAAGGAGCGGGAGAGCGCCCUGUCCCUGGCCAGCAUGGGCGGCUACACCGACAUCGUCACCUUGCUGCUCGAGAGGAACGUGGACAUCAACAUCUAUGACUGGAACGGCGGCACUCCUCUGCUCUACGCCGUGCGUGGCAAUCACGUCAAGUGUGUCGAGGCCCUCCUAGCUCGUGGCGCUGACCUGACGGAAGAGGCAGAUUCUGGCUACACCCCUAUGGAUCUGGCUGUGGCCCUGGGACACAAGAAAGCACAGCUCCCUGCUCUGCCAUGCAGAGAAACCAAGCUGAAGAAAUCAAUGGGUCCUGUUCCCUUUGCUCCCCCUCCAAACCAGAGCUGUGCUGGAGAUAGGGUGGGGACACAGGAGAUAGGGACAGACCCUUGGAUAAAGGAGUUCUCCAGCCUCCCACUGGAAAACAGGGUCCUGCACACAGCAGUCCUGGCUUUUCACAGCCUAGCUUCCCCGUGUCCCUUCUCUCCCCUCCGUUAGUUCAACAGGUUAUGGAAAACCACAUCCUCAAGCUAUUUCAGAACAAGGAGCUGAAAUGACAACAGCUGCUCCUGCUGCAGCUUCAGCACUGCUCCCACCUGGCACAGGGCUCUCCUCUGGGAACACCAUGACCUUACCGAGCCAUUC